AUGACGGAUUGGAAUAAUUUUUUAAAAAGAAAUAGAGAAUAUAUCAAAGCUAAGAAUAAAAUAAAGACCCAAGUUGAAAAUAACAGAUUACAACAACUCGGAUUAACGGAAAAUCUACAAACUCUAUUUCAACCCAUAUUAAAAAGUCAAGAAGAUAUUAAAAAGAGACUCGCUAUAGAACCCACGCCUCGUAUAGAACCCACACCUCAUCACCCCAAAGCGAUUGAAUAUAGUGGUGUUAUAAUUAGGACAGUAGAUGAUGUAAAACGUCUUUUUUCAAACCCUAGCCCAGAAUUACCAAAAAGCAUUUCACCAAUCAUUGAUGAAGCGGGUUUGUUGUUCAAUGGUUUUAGAAUAAGAUUUAGGACAAAUACCCCCGAAUUUAUAAUUGAUACAAAAGAUUACAUAUACACAUUAACGAGAGGGUUAAUAGAUUUAAUGAAUGGCGAGGACGUUGAAAUUGCCGAUUAUAAGGAUUUAGUAGCAUACUCAAAAUUUCUAGAUGCAAUAAGAAAGUCGGGACCCGAAUUCGAUGAUAUGGUGGCAUCUGGACAAGGUAUAACGUUUUUAUCCGACGACAAUAAAGAAUUGCUUAAUAGAUUAGAAAUAAUAUUAGCGGCCAUGAAAGAAGGUCAUCGAUCGGACAGACAAUACAACGAAGUCAAUGGCAUAUUAAAACGACUUCUGGAGAAAGAAAUCAUCUCUAAAAAAGACUAUAUAAACGUCAUUAAAAAUGUCCAAUAA